GGCGCUCGUCCACGCGAACAUUGUGGCGCUGGUAGGUUUCAUUUGCUGCGUGACGUUGUUGGGUUUUGUUUUUGCAAAACGUGUCGUUAUAAAGGCAGGGGGCAAAGACGGGCUAGUAAACAGUGCAGAAGACACACGCACAUGCUAAUAUCUGGUACUAAACUGGUAAGCAGAUUUGUCCAGAAGAUCCGCCGCCCUUUCAAUCACAGACAGUUUUUCAGCAGCAAAAUGCAGGAACAGGCACUGGAGAGAGCUGAAGGCUCACUGGCCUUCUCCUUUCUGGAUGAUGAGGCGAGCAUUGAGGUGUACAGGGAGUCCCGAACCCUCUUCAUAAUGAGGGGGCUGCCAGGCAGUGGAAAGAGCACCCUGGCCAGCACCAUCGCGGGGAAGUACGAAGACGUCUGCAGAGUGAUCUCGGCCGAUCAGAAGAUCCGGCCUGAGGUGAGCGCCACCCUCCCGGAGGAAUACAAAGCGCUGGACGAGGAGGUGGCGCGUUGCUGCGAGGAGGGCAUUGCCAUGGUCGUGAUUGACGACACCAACCACCAACAGGAGCGGCUGGAGAAGCUCUUCGAACUCGCCAGCGAAUACCAGUACUUGGCCCACCUUGUUGAGCCCAAGACUCCGUGGAAGAACGACUUGGACGUGCUGGAGAAGAAGAACCAGUGGAAGCUGCCCCAGUCGGAGCUGAAGAACUUGAAGGGAAGCUUGGAGGAGGCGGUCUACCCUCUCUACUAUGGCUGGUUCUUGUCUCACAAGAGUCAGAUUUACACCGAGGAGAAAAACAAGAAGUUCCUGAAAACGCUAGAAGAGCUUGAUGAAUUUAAGGAGCAUUGGGGUGAUUUUGGUGAGACCGUUUCUGAGACUGGAAUAAACUUGGAGGAGUAUUUUAAAAGAAAGGGGAUCUUGCACUGCACUACCAAAUUCUCUGACUACGGGAAAGUGACGGGAACACAACAGUACGCGGAACUAGAGGCUGUGAAGGAAUUCUACUGCUCGGCCUUUGGUCUGCACAUAACAGGCUUUUUUGUCACGCCCAGAACCACUGGUGCCCGCAUCCAACUGACCAACAAGCAGCUGGAGUUGUGGCCAGCCGACUCGGAGAAGGAGGCUAUGCCCUCGGAAGAUCUACCCCGUGGCAGCCGUGCGCACAUCACCAUGGGCUGUGCCAAGGACGUGGAGCCCUUGCAGACUGGCUUAGACCUGCUGGAGUUCGUCAAGCUGGAAAAGGAAGGCGAUCAGGGCCUGGUCGUGAAGGACACCGACCAGGGGAAGCUGCGCUACUUUGGCAAAGGCAUGUGGAUGCUGGAAUUGUCCGAAAAGGUGACGGUGAAAACCAUAUUCGGUGGGUUUUACCCGAAGGAAAAGAAGGGGAAGGAGGGAGAAGAGAAAGCAGUGGAGGAGAACAAGGAGGGAGAAGAGAAAAAGGAUUCAAAAGAGAACCAGCAGGAGGUGAAACCAACUGAAGGGAAAAAAAAGGGAAAAUGUACCAUUAUAUGAAACCCUUCUGCCUUGGGGGUUUGUAAGUUUUUUGUUUUUGUUUUUUUUUCCCCUCGAUCCACAGUUAAGCCACCCAGAGGGACUUAAUAUACUGUUUAUCUUUUACAUGCAGUUUGGGGGUAGGGCAUUAUAUACUGUAUGCCAUAAAUCAUUUAGUUCCCUCUGUUCAAAUACCAUUUGUUCUGUACAAAUCACAGCUCAAUUUCAUAUCGGCAUAAACUAAACCAACAGCACAUUUUCGGUAUGGAUUGCUUUAUUCUGAAUUACUUUUAGGUUGCAUACUUUUAUUUUUUAUAAUGUGUGUGUGUUUGCUGUGGUCUUCUUAUGCUGUCGUGAUAUUGUAUAAUGUGAUAGAACUACAGCAGUUGAAUGCAAACCUAUUAUUUCAAGGCUUCAAUACCAGUUUGACUGGAAUUGUGUGAGAAACAAGUUUUUAAUUCUAGCUCCUGCAGAAAAAGGUUGUUUCUGAUUUUUUCGCAGUGGUGCAGCUGGAGAAAAUAAAAUGCAGUGGCAUGUGUAUGUGAACAAGGCUGAAUACAAUUGAAUCCUCUUCCAAGCGCUUUAGCGGUUUAGAUUUUCUUGUGCCAAGAAUACUAAAGCACUUAGUAUAGUACAGCACACCAUUCCAUAAUUUGAUUACAGCUUUUGUAUUCUGCUUCCCGAGUAUUGUUUGCUAUUGAGACUUAUUAAAUGAUAUUGAUUCUGUGCUUCACUGCAUUGCUCCCAACAUAAAAGAUUCUGCAGCUAAUGUGGUUAAUCUAUGUGCCAAAUAUAACAUGGUAACGGUAAAGGUGGCUGCUUGUAAUAAAACUAUACAUGAAAAUGCUUGUUAACGGUACAAAAUAAUAAUAAAAAAAAACAAAAAACAAAUAAAAUUAGCUUGCUCUAAGCUGUGUAAGAUUAAAGCUAUGUGGCACAACUGUUUUAGAGAGUAGGCGUUAGCUGAGCCUUUGUAUGGAACGUCUCUGAUGGAGAUGUGGGGGUGAGCAGGUGUUUCCUGGUGACUUUUUCUGCAACAUUGCAUGUGUGUAAAAUGCUGUGAGCUGCAAAACAUCUUUGUAUUAAAUUAAACUUUAAAUAAAUAUUGUAGUGUGUUUUUUUGGAUGUUUUAUGUAUGUGCCAAUCUAGAACAGCAAAUGCCUGUGCUGUGUUUUUUUUUUUUUUUCCCCUACAAGUUUCAACAGGUGAACAGUGUACAAAUCCGUAUGUGAAAACAAAAGCAGAAUUUAAAAUGAAUACAAAAGCAGGUGUUUUAAUAAAAUGGGAUUGUAAAACUAAAACAUAAUUAUAACCUGCAGAGGAAAAAUUCUGGCUGGUGAGGCUGUGAUCCAGAAAUGGGCAUUACAGGGUUUAGAAACACUAAUAGAUGCACUGUUCCAAAAAAGUAUAUCAGGUGUGUUUAUUAUGCAUGAUUUUAAUAGUGCCCUCUGGUGGUAGUUGUAGACUUUCGUUGCACAUCCUUUGAUGUCUUCACCUAGCACCUCUCUGCAUGUGAAUGCAUUUUACCUAGUAGCUGCACCUAAUUAACAGCAAAUUCAUUUAUAUUCUAUUACUGUAAUUUGUUUUGGAACUGCAUGUGAUUUCAGUCUGACAAAAACCAAGAACAGUAUUCUAAAGAGAACUAGUUUAAAUUUAGUUUGACUUGGCACAGUUGACUGGAAAAUAAAGCAUAAUUUCACAGUAAUUCAAGAACUAUACACUGCAGACAAGAUUUGUUUUCUCCUUAUUUUAAUGUACUUUUUUCCUUUUACAUUAGUUACAUUUCAAGAGGUACAGACAGGCUCUUUAUCCUUGGCACACGAUGUAACAUUUUAAUAAUAAAUUCAAACCAUGCAAUGAUAUUCAGGCACAGCUGGGGAUCCAAUUGCGGUUUUAUGGGCUACACAUUACAGUAGAUUCUAGAAGACCUGAACUAACAAGCUCUGUAUUAAGAAGCUGGCUAUAUGGAAUCACAGGGGAACAGGUACAUCAUCUGAGCACUGAAAGUGGUGUAUGGCUGUACACCUGGUUCACACCACACUCAAUGCAUGACGCAUUAUACAUUUACUGUGAAAAGGGCAAGUAUAGUAUGGUAAUUACUCUAAAUAAGCACACUUAGCAGUCUACAAUGUGUAUUAUAAAAGGUCAAGUAGUCUAACUAGCUGUUAUGAAAGAUCUGACAAUGUGCAUUAUGCAGUGUUAACUGAAGCAAUUAAGCUUUUUCGAUAACAUGUCAAGUUAAUCAAUGAAACUUCAUUCUUCUAAGUUUCUGAUUAGUUUCCCAGGUCAUUGUAACCAAGAGCCUCCAGGUUUUAAAGCCAAACUAUGUACCUUGGAUACUGGACAACCAAUUUUGUCACAUGCAUUAAACCUGUCCUUAAAAACCUGCUGGCAACAAGUUAUAAUGGGAAUGCAGAGGUUGAAUUACAACAAGGUGCAUCAUAUUCUGUGGUUAAUUUUCCUUUCGUCUACAGCAAGUGUAUGUGUUCAAGUUUACUAAAUUAAUUUUUUAGCUUAGCUGUAAUUACUUGAAUAUAGUUUACUCAAAAUUCUUUAUAAAUGUUUAAAGUACAGUUAACUUCUUUUACUGUACACUUACAGAAAUGCAUAAUCCACCUGUGCCGUGAACAAAAGGGAAUAUGAAACCGUAACCCUGGUUCUAUCCAAGUAAUUAACGUCAAAAGAUGAUUCACGAGGACGGGUUUUCUGUACAAAUGUAAGAAAUGUAUCAUGACAAUGAAGUGAGAAUCACUGUGGAGUAUGAGUUGUUUAGCACAUGUAGUCAACCCUCAUGUUAAAUCGAGAACUGACUAGGUUUUGCUCCCAUGUACUUCCUUAUCAAAAUUGUGUCACACAUAUGAUCAGGCGCCAGCAAUCAGGCACAUGCUAAAAUUGAGUUGAAGUAGUCUGUUCUGUUCCUGCAAGCACUCUGUGAAAGAUCAACCGCUGAACAAAACAUUUUUCUUCCUAUAAGCACUAUUAUCGACACCUGCUUUCCAGUCACGCAUCUCAUCAAGCUAAUUACAAAAAGGGCUCUUCGGAAAUGUAUACUUGCAUACAGCCUUUUAAUUUUUUUUUUUUUAAAGCACAUACAAAAAAGCAACCACAAUUUAAUUAUAUCACAAUUAAGUUAGAAACGUGCUAUGUGUUGCACACUAAUGCAGCCAAUCCCCAUACUUGAUUGCCAGAAAGGUUGUAAUUUAUUAACUUGAAUUCCUAUAAACAAGAGUAUAAUUGGUUACCAGGUCCUAUUAAGAGCACAAUAUACUAAGCCAGGGGGAAUAAUCAUUAUAAAAUUGAUUUUUUCCACAGCUCAGUCAUUGCAGUACUUUGCUGAGCAUUUGCUAAGAUAUUUCAACCAAGGGAAACUUUGUGGUAUGGGAGAGAGUAGGCACUUUGCCCAGUUUAAUAGCUUCAGUCAGAAAUGUAAAUCACAAGAUAUUAUUUUAAUCAUUAUCUAGGACACUAAAUGCAUGUUAAAAACACAAGGUUAGUGAAAGGAUACCAUUAUCAGGAUCACAAAACAUAACUAUAAACAAAGCAGUGUGAUUCCCUAAGGAUGUCCAUUCAGUUUAUAUGUAUUUACAACACCAUGGAAGAGACAAUGUACAAUAAAGAAAAAAAAAAGGAUUUAAUUAUUAACUAGCUGCCUUCUGCAUCUGGACCAAGUUAUAGAAUAACAAUGGUAUGGAUUAAUUAAUUUGGUACUAAAAGAGUGCAUCAUGGUACUAUUUUGAUCAAUACUUGGCACACCAAAUUUUGCAAGCACUCAAAAAGUACCAUUUCACCAGCCAGAAAUGUUCACUCUCCCCUAUUCAAGGCAAUACAUUUAAACGUGAAAACUACAUGCAGCGCUCGUCACAAUAUAUCAAGACAUUAAAUCCUUUCUUUUGAGUUUUGCACCUACCACUUACAAUUAAUUCAUAUCAUGAACUCAAAACAACAAUGAUCUUAGAUAAAAAAAAAUAAAAACAAAACAGCAGGCUACUUUAUUUACAAAUUAACAUAGGUUAUCAUUUUUCAUCUGUGCUUUUUCUCAAGACAUUUUCUCCUUUAAGAAUGUUUUAUUGAUUUAUUUUUUAAAAGCUAGGAGCAACAGACUUCAAAUACGUUUGUGACUUUACAAUAAAUUAGAAUGAAAAGACAUUCCUGCAAAAUGUUCUACGUACUGAUGAGGAGAGAAGAGAUGGAAGCAUAUCAUAUACUGCACUUUUAUGAUGACCAUUAAAAUAUAUUGCAGUUCUAAUGCAGGCUACAUGUACAGAACUUUAAUGAUUAUUCUUACUACCCUAGCAUAACCAUAAGUACAUUAGAUACAAUCUCAAAACAACUUAAAACGUGGCGUUUUCAGAUAUCAGAACUAACAUUUCCACACACUUGCCUGAAUAAUUUCUACAUGAAAGUUUUUUUUUUCCUUUAUCUAUCCAAAGUCAGCACUAAGUACAUUGACAACCUACACAUUUCUUCACAAUCUUUAUAAAGCAGCCUCAGAAAGGUCAGCAUUUAAACGCUGUGCACCGAUUCGGAUUGCAUUAACAUUUAAAAGAUGUAGGAGCCUCUUAAUGGGGGAGGGGGAGGAAUGAGUAUAAUAUUGAUGUUCGAGACCCCCCCCAAAAAAGUGAGCAUUUAGGCUUCUGUCUUCCAAUUAAAAAAAAAAAAAAGUCCGAUCACAAAAACCCUGAUUCCUAGUCAAGCUUUUUUUUUUUUUUUUUU